AUGACUGGAUGUGAAAGACAUUUAUUGCUAAAAAAGAAUUCUUCUAACUAAGUCUAUCAAUUCAAAUCAAAAGAAAAACCUCUCUUUUCGGGUUCAUUAAUAAAAUAAAAGUGAAUUGUUUCAACUUAAUAUUCUUUGGAUGAGGGAGAAAGUAUCUAUAUAGAUCUAAAUAGAUAUAUGGUAUCCUCGAUUCAGUUAGAUACAAAUUAAAAUAAGGUAUAUUUCCAUUCAUUGCUUUUCAUCUAACCUGGUACCAUCUACCCUGCUAGAGGGUAGAUAGUACUACUAUCAAUUAAAUUUCCACCAAUUAAAUUUCAAUGGUAAAUACAUAUGGAUCCUUUAGCUCGACGCCAGUAUAGUAUUGGGAAAAAGUUUAAGACCUCUGAUUCUUUUUACUUUUUUAUUUUUAAAUAGAAAGAUAAAGUCGUCUUAUUCAAAAUCCCACUUCAACAUUAGAUACGCUCUUCUUAUAUAGAGAACUUGAGAGAAACACGCUUUCACAUCUGAAAUGGCAGAGAUGUUCCUUUUUUGCGGAGGUGGCGGGGUGGGCCUGUAGCUCAGAGGAUUAGAGCACGUGGCUACGAACCGCGGGGUCGUGGGUUCCGUGCAGCUGGGGUCUACAAAGGCCGGGUUCCGUGCAUGGGGGCCGAGGGGCAACGGAUUUUGUACGACCGCAGCGGCGCUUCAUCUUCUCGAUCAAGGCGCGGAGAGGAUCCACGUAUCGCUCAAUUGCAGCGGGAGUUGGAGGAGCAACGCAAAAAGGACGAAGAAACAAGAGCCCGGAUGGAAGCGAUGGAACGGAUCCUCAGCGCCGGAAUUCGGAAUCAGCCUCAGCCUCAGCCGUAUAUACUGCACCCCGAGCAGACUCCUCAACUUCCGCAGAUGGGCGGUUAUUUCCGUUCCAACUCUGCUUCCGGGUUGCCUUCAUAUGGUUCUUUUCAGGAUAUCAAUUUUCAUAACCUGUUUCAAACAUCUGGAGGCAGCCAAGCAGGAGGCAGUCGCGGAGGUGGCAGUCGCGGAGGGGGCAGUCGUGGUGGCAACCGAGAAGGCCAAGGUGGAAGCAACCGAGAAG